AUGGGCGAGGAGCAGAGCACGGUGAGCGGCAGCGGCGGGCCCCUGGAGGCGCGGACCCCCCCUGGCGGCGCCACGGGCCACCCCGAGCCCCCGAGGCCUCCGGGGGACAGCACCGUGGCAGCCGGGCCGCGCGCCUCCUCCGCCGAGCCGAGCGGCGUCAGCUGCGGAAGCGACUCGGGCUGCGUGGACACGAGCGUCCCGGAGCCCGCGAGGAGCCGGGGGGCCCCGAGCUGGAAGAAGAACCAGGCACCGGCGCAGCCCGCAGGACUGGCCUACACCGGGCCCCUCAACCCCCAGGCUUUGCAACAGCAGCUGGCAAAGGAGGAGGAGGAAGCGAGGGACCGAAGCGAGAGAGGGGAUGAACAGCAGGAGGCGCCCCCCGGUGAGCAGCCGGAGCCCCGGACCCGCGUCGGGGCCCCAGACGGACUGGUCCUGGACGUGCUGGGCCAGCGGCGCCCGUCCCCCACCAAGAGACAAGUCUUCUGCUCCGUGUUCUGCGUGGAGAACGACCUGCCCGAGGUCCCCUCGGCGGAGCGGCUCUCGCUGCCCGCGUCGCCACCCCGGGCUCCGCCGGUGACCAACCCUCCCAGCACCCCCUCCUCCUUCCCCAGCCCCCGGCUGUCGCUCCCAGCGGACACCCUGUCCCCCGACGGCGGCAGCAUCGAGCUGGAGUUCUACCUGGCGCCCGAGCCGUUCUCCGUGCCCAGCCUGCUGGGAGCUCCACCCUACUCUGGCCUGGGUGGGGUCGGGGAUCCCUAUGCGCCCCACAUGGUGCUGAUGUGCCGGGUGUGCCUGGAAGACAAGCCCAUCAAGCCCUUGCCCUGCUGCAAGAAGGCCGUGUGCGAGGAGUGCCUCAAAGUCUACCUGAGCUCCCAGGUACAACUUGGCCAAGUGGAAAUCAAAUGCCCUAUCACAGAAUGUUUUGAAUUCUUGGAAGAAACAACGGUUAUCUAUAACUUAACGCAUGAAGACUCCAUCAAAUACAAGUACUUCUUGGAACUUGGCCGUAUUGAUUCCAGCACCAAGCCAUGUCCUCAGUGCAAGCACUUUACAACCUUCAAGAAAAAAGGACAUAUUCCCACCCCUUCCAGAUCAGAAAGCAAAUAUAAAAUCCAGUGCCCCACUUGCCAAUUCGUCUGGUGUUUUAAGUGCCACUCUCCUUGGCAUGAAGGUGUUAACUGCAAGGAGUACAAAAAAGGAGACAAAUUAUUGCGUCACUGGGCCAGCGAAAUUGAGCAUGGGCAGAGGAACGCCCAGAAGUGUCCAAAGUGCAAGAUUCAUAUCCAGAGAACGGAAGGGUGUGACCAUAUGACCUGUUCACAAUGUAACACUAAUUUUUGUUAUCGAUGUGGGGAGAGAUACCGCCAGCUCCGUUUCUUUGGAGACCACACAUCAAACCUCAGUAUAUUUGGAUGCAAAUACCGCUACCUCCCAGAGAGACCUCAUCUAAGGAGACUAGUGCGAGGGUCAGUCUGUGCUGGAAAAUUAUUCAUUGCACCUCUAAUUCUGGUCUUGGGAUUAGCACUAGGGGCCAUAGCAGUUGUAAUCGGUUUAUUUGUAUUUCCUAUCUAUUGCCUUUGUAAAAAACAGAGAAAACGAUCACGGACAGGAAUGCACUGGUAAAUGCAGAUGAUUUCAUCUGACUACGCUGGUCGGGGUAGGAGCUACACAGAAUUAUACACCUGUCUGAGGGUUACUUCUUGAAAACUGCCAAGAGGACCCUUUUGCCAUCUCUUCUCCUGUGUUCUGUGCAGGCCACAAUGCCUCUAGCUCCGGUGCAUUCCCGACAUGGUAUCCUGUCCUUUCCUUAUACAGAUUGCUGCUUUUACAAAAUGGUCACUUUCAUAGACUAUUAACAUCUAUAUCAUAACUCUGAUCUUCUUAAUGGUUCUUGGAAGAAAGUAUUUUAAUUAGAACCAGUUAUCCUCAGAACUGUCUGAGCAUGCAUCUCCUGAGCAUUGCUUGGACUGUCUUUGUACCUGAAUCUCCCUCCAUGCCCUCUUCUGAGACUUGGUGUGAAUAACUGAAGGUCCUACCUGUACCAACAAGCAAGGCCACUUUUCAGAAGAUGAAGGCUCACCAUAUGCACCAAUUUUCAUCCGUGACCCAAGCAGUAUAAUUCCUUCAUCCUUCAGAUGCUAUAAUUGUUAAAAAUCUCAAUGCCCAAAAGGGAACUAAUGAAACUAAACGAAUGAGAAGAAUCAUAGUUACUGAAGUGUAUAUGUGUAGGAGUGUGAAUGUGUGUGUAUAUACAUAUCUGUAUUAAAACUAGGUCCAAUACCUUGUACUUGUCAAGUUCCAUGCCUACACUAUUUUUCCACAUUUUCAUAGACAUAUUUAAAAAUGAUUGUUCCGUUGUGGGCAUAAUUUGGUAAAGUACUGAAUUAAAGUCAACGUACACAAC